AUGCCCUUCCACAUCAUAUCCCACCACCUCCCCUUACCAUGGCGACGACGAAAGCAUUCAAAACUCCCCGACGAAGAAUCCCUCACCCUCACACUAACGCCAGACGCCUCGUCUGAACCCGAGAAGCCCACCUCACGCCCUUCACCCCCUCUACCCCCUCCCCAGCCUCAAAAGCCCAGUACCCCUCGUACCCCAGAAACCGCGCCCCCUCAUAUCCCAUCCACACCCCCCGUAUCCCUCCCUUCCCCACCGCCAGCAGUUCACGAACCCACGCAACUCACCCUCCUAACACGCCUCCGCUUCUCUCGCCGCACGCCUAGUCCUCAGCCGCUGUCCUGGAGGAGACGAGACGACAGGGACGCGCACCUCUCGCGCGAUGCGCCGCGGGAGAUCUUCACACGGAGGUCGUUUGAUGACCCGGGACUAAGAGAUGCGUGGGCGAGGUCGGUGGAGAGGGAAAGGGUGAUUUGUGAGGGGUGGGGGAGGGGUGUUGUGGGGAUGGGGAGGGUGGAGGGGGAGAGGGUGGGAGCGGCGUUGAGGAGUGUUGGUUUAGGUGCUGUUGGUAUUGGGGGUGAUGGUGGGGAGAAGGGGAAAGGGAGAGAGGUUUAG